AGUCUUCAACGAGUUUUUAGUACGUCUUAAGGAAGUGUAUAUUCAUAGAACAAAUAAUGAUGCGCGUAGCCUAUGUCGGCUUGCUUAUAAUAGCAUGUAAGGCGUAUGCCGCGCCUGCAUCAGAUAAACCACAUUAUAACUUAGAUGAUGCACCAGCACUCUUUGAAAAAUUCAUUCAAGAUUACAACAAAGUAUAUAAAGACGACUCAGACAGAGCUGAACAUUAUAAGGCAUUCGUAAAAAGCUUAGAAGCGAUCAAUCAAGCAAACAAAGAUAAUACUGCGACGUUUGAUAUAAACGAGUUCGCUGAUUAUACGGAGGAGCAACGGAAACAUCUUACAGGACUUCUGAUCGAAGAAAAAUGAAGACUACUGUAAAUGAACAUUGAUGAUUCUACCUAUAAGAAUGAACGGCAGUUAUAUUUUUCUACUUUACUAAUAAAAACAUGUUGAUUAA